CUUCGUUCUCUUGGAACUUGUCCUCCACCACAUUCUCAUCUCCUCAGUUACUCAAUCUCAACUGAUAACCACAAACUGGGCUCUUAGUCCUAAAGUACAUAGAAGCACAAUGUCUUCUGCAACAAUCGCUCGUUGGAACGCGAUACCAAUGGAGGGCUCUGGAAACAGCGGUCCUGUACAAUCUCUGAAGCGUCCGCGUGAUGAUGAUGACAUGCAAGACAGUGACGAUGAUGUCUUGCUAGUCUCUCGUUCACCUUCCCCCGUUCCGCUCAACGCAAUGGACAUCGACAAGUACGACGAAUAUGUCCGGGGCGUGGAACGUGAAGUUAUCACAGUGGAAACAAAAAUCAAUGCCACUAACAAAGGCUUUGCCUUGCUGUCCAAACUUGGGUGGGUUGAGGGUCAGCCAUUAGGUAUCUCCGGCGAUGGUCGUGUCGAUCCUGUCCCAUUCUAUGUGAAGAAUGAUCUCACAGGUCUGGGAAAAUCCAAUCAGGAUGUUCGUGUUAUUGAAUCGACGGUCUCGCAACGCCGGGAACUGCAUUCGGAGAAGCUAAUCAAGGAAUCCGAAGAGCAACGGAGGGCGAGAGAGGAAUUGGUCGCCAAGCGCGCCAUACUACAAACUGAAAUCUCUUCCACACUCCGUGCUUUCUAUUGCGAACUAUGCGACAAGCAGUUCCAGAACGUUGCACAAUACGACGAGCACACAAACUCCUAUGCUCAUCAUCAUAAGGCUCGAUCCCGAGACUUGCAGCUUGCUCAACGUGCGUCUUCCACAGCAAAGGAAGAGCUCGACAAACGCAAGGAGAAGGAGAGGAAGAGGGAAGAAAAGGAGCUGAGGAAGCUAGCAAAAGCUGCCGGUAUCAAGAUGGCUAAGCCACCUGCAGUUAUCAAUCCGCCAAGUACGCCGCCUGCUGCAGGAGUAGAGAACGAAGCAAAGCCCUCAGGAUUCAGGAAAUCCGGCUGGGCUACCCUAGGGUCUGCCUCAUCCUCUGCGCAAGCCACCGCUCCAGUUGAGCCUCCGUCGUCUGCUUUCAGACGCUCUGGAUGGGCAACUGUAGGACCUGCGUCAUCGAGCUCCAACAUGGCUCCUCCACCCAGUUCACCAUUCAAUCAACCUCAGACCGAGCCACCGCCGCCACCUCCAUCUGGUAGCGACUUUGCUCCCCCGCCUUCAGGAACUGUCAAUGAUUCGCAGUACCAUUCUGGUCCAGCACCUAUGUUCCGGACAGGCGGAUGGUCUUCCCUCGAUGCCGGAAGCUCGCAAUUGACCCCUAAUCCCCAACCUCCUAGUCCUGCUUCAUACGAAUCUCCUCCCUUACGCCGCGCAGACUGGGCAUCCACAACGUCAUCGAACCCCUCGCCGUAUCAACGUCAACGGUCAGCUUCAUCGUCUGGGUGGUCUAAUCCUCCAAUUCAGGCCGGCCUGGGUUCGUUAUCUGUUCAGCAGGAGAAGCAGCCCCCUUCUCCAUCUCCCGUUCAACCGCAGCAGCCAAUAAUAGCUGCUCGUCCAGAACCAACUCGUUCGGGAUGGCAGCAAUUCCGUGCAGGCGCACCUGGCAGACGCAGAUAAUGUUCCACUUGUUUUACCCAUGUAUAUUAACUGUACUUCACCGCACGACAUUACACAUUGUCAUACUCAUUCGAUCUAUGUAUGUGUGAGCAAGUUCGAGAACAAGAGAAAGAUAUGAACAACAGUACAACUACUAACUACAUAAGUAUUGAGGUAAUUUUGAACACAAACUGGAAUCAGAAAUAAAAAGCAAGGGUCCGCAAGGUGGACGAACGCAACGACACACCGACAGAAAGAAACGCAAGAAGAUAACCCUUCACUCCGAAUCACUACCCGAACUGUCACCGUCCGUACUCGAAUCUGAUGACUGAUCAUAUUCUUCGUGUCGAACAGGUGGCCGUUGCGAGGCUGCAGCAGAAGGCUUGCCGCCUUCGAAAAGCGCCAUGCGCUCUUCGAGCACACGAAUCUUCUCGGCCUCAACAUCUUCAUCCAUGCUCUUGCGUUUCAAGCCACCAGUGCCUGUACCCUUGCC